AUGUCGCAACCUGAAGGACUACAUGGUUCUGGCUGAGAAGAUAAAGAAAAUGUUUCAUGAGGAAGGUAUUCAUUCCACUACCAUACAACCAGAAUUUGUUGAAUUUGAGGACGACGGUGCCUCUGCUUCCAUCGAUUCUGCAGAAGACUGUAUCCUAGAUUGCCCUUCUAACGAUAAAGAGGGUUGUGUGGCAAACACCUGCUGUGGGCUCUCCAAACAGGUAAUAAGUGCUUCCAGACAAAGUUUCAAUAGCAUCAAGCAAAAACGAGUGACUUCCCCAGCUUUAACAGAAUUGCAGCUUGAAAGGAAAAUGUCCCGCAGCCUACCCAAUGUCUAUGGGGCUUGUGCAUGUUACCCACCUAGGGUGUCCCCUGAUGCAACUGCUAUUGCUUCUGUUGAUAAUGCUAAUGCUUUUAGUCACAGUCCCCAACAACUGACACAUUCUCAGCUUUGCUCAGCUUCUGAUGUGGAAAAUUCUGUUAAACCCUCACCAGUCACAAGUGAUGCUCUAAGUAGAAACACAGUUGGUGAUUCUUGCCAGUGUCUUGCUUCAAGUGUGAUCCAGAUUGAAAAUUCACAUCAAUGUAUUCAUCAUGCAAGUGAUAUAUAUAACCAUGUGAAUGAUUUUCAAAAGAACCUCCAAAAUACUCUUAAUAUAAAUAGAAUUACACAGCAGAGUAGUUACAUGUCUUCAAUAGCAGUAGCGAUUGAAGACAAUGACUCCCAAGUGGUUUCUGAUUCAGUGAGACUUUCCUAACUGCAAGUUUGCAAAUCUGAAACUUUUUGUACUCAUUUUAACAAAGACCUUGUAUAUAGAAUACCAUGAUUAUUAGUGUUUCAUCUGUCACAUUUACAUAAUAUAAUACUGCCAGAAACUUGGUGUGUGUGUGUUCCAAACAGAAAUAUGUUAAUAUUACCAUGUAGUAUUUAUUUGUAUAUGCAGAUUAUUUAAGUUUAUGAAAUAAUUACGAUGACCUAUUUAUAACGUUGUAAAUACCUUUUUGAUUUGUAUAUAUAGCAAUAUAUUCUCUUCCUCAGGGAAGUUUGAUAUAAAUUACUUUUAUUAUUUUACUAGUCUGAUUCAUUGUCAAUUAUUUCAUUAUUUUGAUUUAAUUUGGCAACUCUGAAAUAUGUUCACUCUAUUGUUUAUUUUGAAAGAUUAAUACAUAUAACACAGUAGCUUUAAGAAUGCAGUAAUUCCUAGUGAGAUUUAUUAUCUGUAUAUCAUUAUUUUUAGAGUUGAUAAUUGUAAUAAAACAAUAAAUAUGACCAAACUUGAAUCAAAAAUUCACUUUUAUCACUCACAUGGUCAAUAGUGGCAGCUUCGAUGUCAAGUAGAAUUGCAUAUUAUUUAAAUUAAUUUUAUAAUUUCUUAAAGAUUAAAUAUUUUUCCUGAUAAUAACUUGAGUGUCAUUGUCUGUAAUGAGGCUUAAGUCAAUGUCUUCAGUGUACGAUACUUGACUUUUUUGCUGUUGUAUUAACUUGUUAAUUUUGUAAUGGAAAAAAUCCUGAAAAUCGUCACCUUAUAAAUAAAAUUAGACAUAAACAUUGUAAGAAAUAGAACUAUUAAUGUCCUGUUUGUAUUGAUUUUGCUUUGUAAAUCCAAGACACAUAGACAUGAUUUCACUUUUGUGUUUUAUACCACUCAGUGUCUUUACUAUAUUCUAUAAUCUGUCUAUUGCAUAUGGAGUUUAUUGAAAGCAAAUAUAUGAGGACAUUCUGGGGGGAAAAGGUGGAUGGAAGUAGUGUAGGGAAUGUCUGGAAUGUGUUGGGAGAAGGGUGUGAAGUGCACUAUUUUGAGACUGAAGGUUCAUCAUUAAAUGGGUAUGUAUGAACCUAUUAGUCUAUGGUAUUUGGUGCAUGAACAAACUAAUACUAUCUGUCAAGAGACUUGGAGUUUAAGCAGUUGAGAAUUAUAUUGGUUCCACUAUGAAAGUAGUGUGGGGUUCAAGGGUCGGCAUUAGAAGGCAGAGUCUUUUCUUCAAGUUGUUGUCAACUUAGAGCAGAAAGACUCGGGAAACUUCAGUCCUGAGCUACUGGUAAAUUCUUAAAAGGCAAGCACCACUCAAGUUCAGCAUUCAGAUCACUGAGUCCAUAUGGUCAUUGACUGCCCCUUCUUCAUGUGUCUGUAAGCACACUGUCUUGCUGUGCCUCUGCUCCUGUCAAGAUUUUCUCUUGACUAGUAAUGAGGCUCAGCAUACACUUGGAUCAGUAUUCAGACAGAUUAUUCAUUUAGUAGUAUCAACU